CCUGAAAUCUCGCGACGUUUCCGUAUAAACAAAAAACGUUACACAACAUGUUUAGUAACAUGCAUGUUGUGAAAGCAUUGUGUUUAGUGCCAUACCUACUCCUCGUGGCAGCCCUGCAGAGAGUGGGGGGACCGGCAAACUGUGUUGGGGAUUUCAGCUGAAGUCUGCGAUCGUGACAAGUUUAUAACUGUUGCAGCACAGCUUCAUUUGUUCCGACAAAAUGCCUGAGGGACCAGAGCUCCACCUGGCCAGCCUGUACGUAAACAAAAUGUGCAAUGGAGUGGUUUUUACUGGACCCGUAAAAAAAUCCGAUGUCAGCAAGAGUCCCGAUGUGCCCUUCACCUGUGAGGCCUAUCGGAUCACAGCUACUUCCAGAGGGAAGGAAGUGAAACUCACGCUGACACCCAUAAAGAGUGAUGAUACAAAACAGAGGUUGAAGACAGGACAGGCAGACCAGCCCAUGGAUAUAGUCUUUCGCUUUGGGAUGUCUGGUAAUUUCCGCUUCACCACAGAGGAUGAGCUGCCCAAACACUCCCACCUACGUUUUUAUUCCAAAGAGAAGCCCUGCAGAGUGCUGAGCUUUGUGGAUGUACGCAGGUUUGGCAGCUGGCAGCCCAGUGGGACCUGGCAGUCUAGCCGAGGGCCCUGUGUCAUGUUUGAGUACAAAAGCUUCAGGGAGAACGUUGUGUCCCACCUCUCUGACCGCGCCUUUGAUAGACCUAUCUGUGAAGUUCUGCUCAAUCAGAAGUACUUCAACGGUAUCGGGAACUACCUGAGGGCCGAAAUACUUUUCAGGUUGAACAUCCCACCCUUUGUGGCUGCCAGGACUACCCUUGAAGGCCUUGAUUCAGAAGAUUUAUGUGAAAGUGAGAAGCCUGUGAAAAAAGAGAAUACAGAAAAAAAGCACUCUGACAGAGCUAAACAGAAGAGGGUGAAAGAGGAGACGGGGGACCUGCUGAGGCUGUGUCAUACAGUACCUCUGGAGGUGGUGAGCCUAGGUGGAAAGGGAUAUGAUCCAGAGAAGGCAGACUAUUCUGACUUUGAGGCGUGGCUGCAGUGUUACUACGUCGAUGGAAUGAAAUCCAUCCGGGACCACAAUGGCAGAACUAUGUGGUUCAAAGGAGAUCCAGGUCCCAUGGUGCCUAAAGAUUCAAAGUCACCCAAGCCAAAAAAGAGGGCAAAGAAAGAAGAUGACCAUGAUUACACAGACAAGAAAAAGGUGGCCCGAAGUCGCUCUUCAAGCACAACAAAGAAACAAGUCAAACAGGAAGCUAUGACCAAAACACCAAAGAAAAACAAGGAUGUGUGUGUGAAGGAGUCCCAAUCCAAGACCCAAAAAGGAAACGCACAGCAUGAAAAGAAACUAACUGCACGUAGGAGGAAAAGCAGCAGUGCCGGGCCAACAACUCCAGUCAACCUUGUUGCAGGUCCACAGAGGCAGAGCGGGAGAGUUACCAGACAGAAAAGCAAUUGAAACCAAAAGGCAGGAAACCACUUUAUGGGACCAUUUUAUGUUUUUAUACAAUUAAAGUUUUUAAAAUAAAAACAUGUUUCUACAAAAGUUCUAUAACUUUUUAUUGAUGAUGCAACGUAUCAAAGUUGAAGUCUCCUGAAAAACAACAAUAGAACAGCACCAGAUGAUUUAUCUAGUUUCUCACUAGUUUCUAGGCCCAAAGCAUUUUAUUAAUAUUCAAUUUGUGACAACCCUGACGAUAGGAAAUGCCAUAUAUAUUACAAAAUGAGGAGAAGGGACACUAUUUGAAAGGGGUUGAAGUUCAAAAUGAUUCCUUCUGACGUAAUGUGUGCUGGCUGGGUGGGGUCUUGUCUCUCCAAGAGGUCACAACUGGGAAAGGGACAAAAAGGUUUUGUUGUUAGAAACAAUACAACACAUUUACCAGAUGGCAGUUAAAACAAUAAAAAAUAGAAACUCACGGCCAGGCUUCCCUAACUGGAAGGGUGGUACAGAGAGUUGCUGUCACGCUGCUCCCAUGUGACUCAUACAGCCGGACUACAAGUGCACCCUUCGUGUCCUCGGCCUGUUAUGGUAAAUAGAGUAAAUAGCCAUUAACUGUCUAAGUGGAUUAAGUAAAGCAAGGUCAAGCACAGGGUUUAACUGAAUACCUGUUUAAUGGUCUCAAGGAUGACUGCAGAACUACUGAUGGAAAAGGCACUCCAGGGCACCGUGUCAGGAGUGCACCGGAUUGACCUCAAAGGGAAGUUGAGGUUGUAAGCGCACUGGAUGACUGAGGCAUCUUGGAAGGAUCCUGUAUUAAAACCCAGGAAAACAUUAUAUUCCAAGUUUUAGAGUUUUGAAAUUAAUGAGAACAAAUUAUUUAGAAGAACAAUUAAAUCCUUACCUGUGUGUGGCAUGACUGCAUAGGUGAAAUGAUGAGUCCCCAUGUCAGCAUUGGCAUCUGGGGCCUUUGUUGCUCUCAGUCUACGACAAAGACAUCUACUAUUAGAUGAAAGGAUUAUUUAAAGUAAGUGUAACUGAAUUGUACUGUUUGUUUUACUGUUGUAUAUGAACAGUGGGGAACCUCACAGAGACAGUGUCAUAGUGUUCUUGUGGACCGAAUAGCCGUAUUUGCAGUCAUUCAGCAGUGCAACUCCAAAGUUGUGCUCUGACAAAUCGGCCCAUUUGUGACCCCAAACCUGAGAAGGAAAUCGUAAUGAAAAGCAAUACACAGUAUUGUAGCAUAACUGACAUCGGCCAUCCUACAAUUUAGGCAUGCAGGACCAAAACAGGCCAAAACCAAAAACCUGCUGCUGUCCAAAUACCUGUGGAGAUCAGUGUACAUUAAGAUUACUCGUACAGCGCCGUACCUCAAAUCUAGCCCAGUCCCAUGAAGUGUUCCUGUGCGUGGGUCUCUGCAGAUGGCCAAACUGGAUUUCAUAUGUAGCACUGGGGCUGUGAACUCGCACAGGGAAUUCCACCUUGAGAAACUUGUGAGACUCUGCCCACUUCACCUGAAAUUGGAGGAUGCGCCUAAUAUUGCUUGGGUACUGAAGAGUUUGUCAACUGUUGGAUUAGUGAUUCUUUAGAUUUUUCGAGAUAUCGUGAAUGAAUGAAGUACCUCUGUGUUGAACUUGAUGUAAGGACACAUGGCGUCCAUGACAAUCUCCUGGGUGAUCGUGCUCUUAUCACUGAUCCUGAGGGUGAAGCUGACACUGCCUCGGAGCCCACCUGAGGACACCACACGAACAGGCUGCACCACCUCCAGCACCGGCUUUCUAUAAGGCCAUUUCUGCUGUUAGGUUUUUGAUAUUCAUACCUACAAUGCCUGCAAAUAGUGUAAUAGAGUAUCAAGGUGGCGAAAGACCUCGUCUGCAGAUGGUAGUCCAUCACAUCCCAAGCAUCCCAGUACAGAGGGACAUCAUCAAACAUGAUAAACUGAUUCCCAUAACGGCUGUCAUAGAUGGCUUCCCUGAAACCAUCAGAGUGGUGAGACAGAUUAAUAUUUAAUGAUGAUCAUUAUUUUAUUAAUGUUAAUGCUGUAAAACAAAAUACACAGGUGGUCAUAUGUGGUCCUACAGUACCUGUUUGCACUCAUCAAAUACAGUGAUGCCAAAGUGCCAUCUUUGUUUAUGACAGUCUGCAAAAUCCCAUUCUCCAUGAGGAUGGUGCCAUCGGCCUGUAAUGUUAAACAACGUCUCAAUUAGCCAAAUUAAAUUGCAUCAUAGCUAAAUUUGUUAAAUGCUCUCUAUGUAUAGUACAUGUUUGUUUGUGCAAAGGGACAGUACAUAAACACAGACAGGGGGAGAGACAUGUACAACAUAGAAAAAGGCAAGAGGAAAAGGUUUAUAAGCAACAUAACGUGUACACUCAAUCAGAGGAAAAAUGAGAAAACUAGACAAAACCAGAAAAAAAAGGAAACAAUAAUAUGCAAGGACGUUACUGUUGCCAAGAGUGGAAGGAAAUCAGAUUAGUCAGUGAUUUCUUUAGGUCUGUUCUUAUUGUUCUAAGUGUUUUUUAUUUUCUUUCUUAUAAAAUGUUAUGACUUCAUGACGUGUUUUAUUGUAUUUUUUGUGAAGCACUUUGUUACAUGUAUUUUAAAAGUGCUCUAUAAAUAAAGAUUAUUAUAGAGAAAAGAAGAGAGAGGGGAGACAUAAGAAAUAACCAUCAAUGGCACUGUGGGGGUAUUAGGGCUCUGGCAGAGGUCAGCUGGGUUGGACCUGCUAAUCUGCUUCUGGCUGCGCCCAGACCUUUAGGAAAAUACUGGCCUAUUGCAGAUAGCUGUUGCCACUUUGUGAGCCGGCUCUGUCGGGACCAGGAAAUUUAUUUUAUUUGUUUAUCCAUUGAACUAUGUCAUCACCCUGCCCUGCACACAACCACAGCCCACUCCCACGAAAGCCACAUUUGAGCUGGAAGUACUGUCAUCACUGGCAUUUGUGGGAUGAUUUAGUGAAACUUAUUCAGAGCUGGAAAGGGCAAGUAAUGUGUUAUACAGCACAUACUUGAAUAGAGACAGAGACUUGAGUCCCAGGCUGUGUGUCCUUAACAGGAGACAAACCGAUGCUGGGAACUCUCACCAGAGCUGCAGAACAACGGAUACCACAGAGCAUCAGAUAUGCAGUUGUAAUUUUGAAAGCAACAUAAAUAUUGUAAAUAUACAGAAUGGUGACAGUUUAAAGGGAAAAACCAACACAAACCUCCUUGUCUGGACCCAUCUCCAUCCUCCCAUAGGUGUUCAAUUAAUCAACCGAUUCACUCAUCAUUUUCAUUCUCAUCAAACCAUUCAAUGACCCUUCAUGUCCUGUACGAAACUGUAUUCCUCAUGUUUCGCCACUCAUUCAGGUUUUUCCUUUAAUGCGUCACCUAUCUGUGUACAUAAGUAUCAACAUACCCAGAUCAGGUUUACCAGCACCAUCUUGAAUCUGGAUGACUUCAUGGCGCUCCCAUGGCAGAGAGUUGAACACACCAGCAGAAUUGCCCUUUGACCCCAAGGCUCCACAGGCAUUAUGCAGCAGUGUAGAACCAUCACUGCGGAUAUCUAAAAACAGUGUGAUGUACUUUUUGCUUUGGAAAACAACAGAUCAAUAUGGCUCUGAUUAUAAUGGACAGCUACUUAAAACUGUACCUUCAUAAUACCGGAGUGCAUCCUCCACAACCAUCUCAAUGCAGCUGCCGGGAAUCACGUCAUGGAACUGGUUUAGAAGAAGAAGUCUGUGAGGGAUAUCAAAGACAUACAUUUCAUACUCUGACAAUAGAAGCCAUUGAUUUAUUUGUUCUCAUCAUGAAACUAUAAAAAAGUGUGCCUUGACCUCCAAA